AUGAGCUCCUAUAUCUUUUGCAUCCUACUGAGCCUGGCAGUUGCAGUUUACACCGUACCAGUACCUGAAAUUACUAGUCAAGAUGAAAAUUUGGCAGAGGGUUACCUGAAGAAAUUUUUCAACUUAACAGAAGAGAGCAGGCCCACUGCCCGACGUGGGAUCAGUGAACUCAGCAAGAGGUUGAGUGAAAUGCAGAGAUUCUUUGGUUUACAAAUCACAGGAACUCUGGAUGCUGACACUUUGGAAAUGAUGAAGAAACCCCGCUGCGGUGUUCCAGAUAACGACAUUGCCAGUUUCUCCACAUUUGGAAGUGACUUCAAGUGGCAGAAAAAUAGUCUGACAUACAGGAUAGAAAAUUACACACCAGAUAUGCCCAGGUCACAAGUCGAUGACUCCAUUGAAAAAGCUCUGAAUGUUUGGGCCAAAGUUACUCCUCUUAGAUUUACUAAAAUCAACAGUGGCACCGCAGACAUCAUGAUUUCAUUUGGUCGUCAGUCACAUGGAGAUUAUUACCCAUUUGACGGCCGUGAUGGAACUCUGGCUCACGCAUUCGCUCCAUCUUCUGGCAUUGGAGGAGAUGCUCACUUUGACGAAGAUGAGAACUUCACCUUCCGCUCAAACACUGGAUACGUCCUUUUCAUGGUGGCAGCCCAUGAGUUUGGUCACUCCCUGGGCUUGUCUCAUUCUGAUGACCCUGGUGCUCUUAUGUAUCCCACUUACUCAUAUAGAAACCCUGACACUUUUGUUCUUCCCCACGAUGACGUCAAAGGCAUCCAAACAUUAUAUGGUGCGUAACCAUAGGCUAACACAGAUCCUUCACAGUCAGGACCGCCACCCCCCACUACUCCUGAUGCUUGUGACUCUACCAUGGUGCUCGAUGCUGUGGCUACCCUGCGGGGAGAAAUACUCUUUUUUAAAGACAGCUUCUUUUGGCGAAGCUAUCCUCUUGCCAGGACACCUCAGCAAAGUCGCAUCACAAACUUUUGGCCAAGCGCUCCAGUCAGUGUCGAUGGUGCUUACGAGAACCAACAUUCAGACAGAGUCUAUAUCUUCAAAGACGAGCGAGUGUGGGCUUUCUCCGGCUAUAAUCUGGUCCGUGGCUUUCCCCAACAAAUUUCUACGUUCGGGCUGCCCAGAAGUGUGAGGAAAAUUGAUGCAGCUUUCUAUGAUGUGGAAUCAAGAAAAACUCUGUUUUUCGUGGGUAGUUAUUACUACAGUUUUGAUGAGGCCAGAAAAGCCAUGGACUAUGGAUUCCCCAAACGUAUUGAUGAGACCUUUUCAACUCUGAAUAAAGUGACGGCAGCUUUCCAGUACAGAGGUUUUACCUACAUCUACAGUGGACCUUACAUGUAUGAGUUCGACUUGGCUACUGGGAGAUUGUUCCGUGUACUGAGGAACGGAUACUUCUUACGCUAUAUCAUGGAAGGGACAUUCACUGCUAAAUUAUUGCUGAUGAUGGCAACAAUAGUAAUUACUGGAGCUGUGCCAACCAUCCCAACCAGUGAAGAAGACCUUUCUAAAGCUCAGGAUUACCUUUCCCAAUAUUUCUCUGAAGUGGGCGUCACUACAGGUAGUGAGAUAUGGCGUGGGGCUUUUGAUUCCUUUGAAGAAACUCUCAAAAUUAUGCAAGAGUUUUUUGGCCUGGAGGUAACAGGACAGUUGGACUCCAACACCUUGGAAGUGAUGUCCAAACCGCGCUGUGGUUUCACAGACUUGGAUAAAUUCAAGUAUGCCCACUUUGAUGGGCAACCCAAGUGGGACAAGAAUGUGAUUACAUACAGGAUAACUGAAUAUACACCGGACUUGGAUCAAAGUUUUGUGGAUACCACUCUUGCCAAGGCCCUGCAGAUCUAUAGUGAUGUAAUUCCUUUGGAUUUUAAGCAGAUUCAAAGCGGCACUGCAGACAUAAUGAUCAAGUUCAUGGCUCGAAAUCAUGGAGAUUUUGCACCCUUUGAUGGGCAAGGUGGAGUCCUGGCUCAUGCCUUUUCCCCUGGUGAGGGCAGAGGUGGUGACACCCAUUUUGAUGAAGAUGAAAGCUGGAGUCGUGCAUCAUCAGGAACCAACCUGUUCUUGGUGGCAGCUCAUGAGUUUGGACAUGCACUUGGAUUAUCCCACUCUAAGGUUCGAACAGCCCUAAUGUAUCCCACCUACCAGUACGUUAACACAGAAGGCUAUGUACUACCAGAUGAUGACAGAAAGGGAGUGCAGUCACUUUACGGAGCCAGAUCUACAACUCAGCCGACAGAUAGCCCUGAUCCCAAACCGGAACCUGAACCAGAGCCUGACACACCUUCGCCACCACCAGACCGGUGUAGCCAAAAUCUAAUUUUUGACGCUGCAACUUCAAUUCAGGGUGCUCUUUAUUUCUUCAAGGGCAGCCAUUUUUGGAAGAGGACCCGCAACUGGGAUGGCGUCACUAUGAGGACAAUUGAUUCUGUCUGGUCAGGAAUCAACAAAGUUGAUGCUGCUUAUGAGUAUAAGGCUCGCAACACAGUUAUUUUUUUUGAAGGGGACCGCUACUGGCAAGUCAGAAGAAACACUGUCCUACCUGGCUUUCCCAAACCAAUCAGUGACUUCGGCUUGCCUUCAUCUGUCACCAAAAUAGAUGCCGCUGUCCAUGUUCCAUUUGUGGGAAGAACGCUCUUGUUUGCAAACAAUAAAUACUGGAGCUACCAUGAAAGGAGAAGCAGGAUGGAUCGUAGAAAUCCCAAAAAUAUUCGCACAGAACUACCCGGGAUUGGCUACAAAGUUGAUGCUGCUUUUGAGUAUAGAGGCUACCUGUUCUUUUCGUAUGGAUCCAGGCAGACACAAUACGAUUAUGCAAGAAGGAGAGCUGUUCGCACUCUGAUGAGUUCUGACUGGAUGGACUGUGAAUAA